GUGUCGGUGUGCCCUCACUAUGGCAGCAGCGGAGGUUUUGGUUAUCGAACAGCUUUGGUUCUGGGCCGCGGUGUCAAGCAGCUUAAUUGGAAGCUCCUGUUGCCUCUUCUGCCUCUGCUGGCUGCGCCGGACAGCUCGGCAACAGGAGCAUGGAGACCUUUACGAUAAGUGGUACAGCCACUACCGACACGCGAUGUAUUCCAUCAUGCAAUCUGCUUUCGACGAAGGUGCACCAGGAGUCAAGAUGCUGAUCUUAAAUCGGCCCACCCAGCUUGACUUGGGGCGCGCUUAUCUUUUCAAAGCGGCUGGAAGUCUGCAAGUAGACAUGUCGGAAGCUUUCAUACCGCAGAAACACCCCUUCUACGAUGACGGGAAGCACACCAAGAUCGACUGGGCAUCGCAAAUUUCCCUUAAAGCUCUGGGUGAAGAGAUCAAGAACAAAACGGCAGACGGGUGUGCUGUGAUCAUUGCUGCGUGCGACGUGAAGGAUGUCGGCGAGGUGAAGAGG